ACACACACACACACACUCCAGUCGAGGACAUUCUAUUGAACAUCAUGGCAUUUAACGGAACAUGGAAAGUGGACCGCAGUGAGAACUAUGACAAGUUCAUGGAGCAGAUGGGCAUUAACCUGGUGAAGAGGAAACUCGCAGCCCAUGACAACCUGAAGAUCACGCUGGAGCAGAAUGAAGAUACGUUCCAUGUGAAGGAGGUCAGCACGUUCCGCACACUGGAGCUCGACUUCAAGCUGGGAGUCACGUUCCAGUACUCGCUCGCUGAUGGAACCGAACUCUCCGGCUCCUGGGUGAUGGAGGGAGAUGUUUUGAAGGGAUCCUUCAUCCGUAAGGACAACGGGAAAACUCUGACCACCAUCAGGCAGAUAGUGGGUGAUGAGCUCGUACAGAGCCACAGCUAUGAAGGUGUGGAGGCUAAGAGGAUUUUCAAGAAGGCAUAAAUGCAGAGCUUCAGAAUCAGCGGGAGAACAUCUCACCUUCUGGACCAGAACCUGUGCAGCUUUACUCCACCAUCGCCCCGCAUCCUGUUCCAGUUCACACGCCACGUGUCUCCUUCUGCUCUCAUUCUGAUGUUUAAGGAAAUAAAAUGACUGAGACGUGUUUCGGUUCUCAGCUUGAUUUUACAUUUUACAGUUACGUCCCAUAUUAACGCACAGAGAACAUUCCAAAA